AUGCCUGCUGAUCAUCAGCCAACUCCUGUCGAUCCAGAGCCCGACAUAGGUCCAGAGCCCGUUCUUGCUCUUGACCCUGUUCAUGCAGAUGCUCCCAUUUUUGUACCACCAGUUAUUGAUGCUCCUGCCAUACCACCACCAGUCGUGGAGAUUCCAGUCAUGGCACCUCUGCCUGACCCCGUCUUUGCUGAGUUACCAGUCAUUGCACCACUAUUUCCCGAUUCGACCCAUGCGCAUGCUGAUCAUGCACCUUUUGCUACUCACAUAGACCCUCGUUACGCGGACACCCGUAAUGGGUGGAUCGAGGAGGAUGACUACCCUCCGUAUGUGAUACCAGUCACUCCCCCUACCGCACCUGUUACUGCACCACUUGAUAUCCCAUUUCUCCAGCCACACACAUCUGAUACCCAUCGUACCGAUCUUCCGAUUACCUUCCUCCAGGACAUUCCUCCGCCACGACCUGAGGAGGGAUCGUUGAGGCAGCCUUUUGGCCACGUACCAUUUAUGUCAGGAGAUGGCCAGUUUAUUCCUUAUCCUGGUUUUGUUCCACCGAUGUCGUCUACUGUACCUGUCACAUCUCAGUUUCCCCAUACUACUUUACCGUUUACAUCUGCCCCACACACUACUUAUCCAGUUUCAGCUCCGAUGGGUGAGCCAUUUCUAUGGUCAUCACCCCAUGUUAUGCCAUUAUCCGACCCUUAUCACCCAUUUCACAUCGGAUACACUACGGAGGAUAUACUUACAUCACUACAGCUACAGCAGGACGCCCUAAGUCGACGUAUUCAGGAGUUGGAGAGAGCUCCACAUCCUCCAUGCCACUACCGGACCCCGUUUGCAGCACCACACGCUCCUUUUCCAUCACUCUCUGACUCAGAUAUUCGUUUCCUUCCUCUUGACCAGCAGAUUGCUUACCUGUUGCGUUUUGCCUAUGCUCUUGAGGAGGACUUGGUGCAUUUACGCCGAUUGCUUUUCUCUCACUUUCCACCUCCUCCGCUGCCAUCAGCAUAG